AUGUUCCGUUGACGGUGUUUCACUCCGACUCCAGCGCUUUGCCGGAACACCCAGGUGGUAUGUUAGCAGCUUAGCAUUGCGGUAAAAGCCGUUUAUUCAGACAUAAACGGGUUCCUGAAACAUAGCCAUGUUUUAAAUAAAUAAAACAACAUUUAAACACCGCGGACUCAGCUAUGGAGUGUGACAUCCUGGACUCCCUGGAGCAGCUCGGGUAUGACGGCCCUGUGAAGGGGGAGAAGGCGCUGCUCGGCGCCGCGGAGGGCGGCCUGUCCUCCCCGGACUACGUGCAGCUGUGCCGGUGGCUGGCGGCCGGGCUGCGGGCGCUGCUCCCGCUGGAGGAGAGCAUCACCUCCGGCCCAGAUGACAGGGACGGCCUCCAGCUGGAGGUGAGCGGUUUCCUGAAGGAGCUGCACUGUCCUUACGAGGACGUGGUCGCAGGGAUUCUCAAGAACAGCGUUGAAAACACAGAAGACUAUCUCAAGCUCGUCUUGUUUCUGAGCUCUGAGCUCCAGGCAGCUCAGAUUGUCAGGAGCAGGCAGACGUCUGACAAAGGGCAGGACCAAAGUCCAGUUUUUCAGGAGCUUUCAGCCAUCUGUGAAACCCUGAGGCUGCCGGAGCCCCGAGGACAGGAGGCUGCCGGAGUCUUCUCUCAAGUCCAAGACAAGGUUGAGAAAAUAGUCAAAGAGCUUCCAGAUUCUUCCAUUGAAAAGCCGGUGCUGAAGAAUCUUCUCAGCAGUGAUCAGUGGGAGAAGCUGCGCGACAUCAAUAAAGUUCUGUCGUCAGAGUACGAGUGUCGACGAAGGAUGCUGAUUAAACGGCUGGACGUUACCGUUCAGUCGUUUGGGUGGUCGGACAGAGCCAAGGUGAAGGUGGACAGCAUGGCGAGAGCCUACCAGCCCAAGAGACACUCGCUGAGGUCUCAGUCCACGGUGGGCGUGGCCGAGCUCCUGGCCGCCAGAGAAGACAUCUGCAACGUGGUGAAGACCAGCAGCGGCUCCAGCAGGGAGAAAACCGCGUGUGCCGUCAACAAGGUCCUGAUGGGAAGAGUUCCAGACCGAGGAGGACGUCCCUCUGAGAUACAAGCCCCACCCCCAGAAAUGCCGCCCUGGCAGAAAAGACAAGAUGGAGGAGGCUGGGGAGGACGAGGAGGAGGAGGAAGAGGAAGAGGAGGCUGGGGCCGAGGUGGAGGUGGAGGAGGAGGUGGAGGUGGCGGUGGCGGUGGCUGGGGUGGAGGAGGAGGUUGGAGAGGAGGUGGACGGAACCAAGGAGGACACGGAGAUCAUGGACACGGAGGGAAGAGAGGACGAUACCAGUAUUAGCAUCUUUUUUUAAACUUUUAAUUGGGUACAAGUACAGCAUCAAUUUUACUUGACUACCUGAUCUCAGCUCCGUUAUUUACUAUUUUAUCUGGAUGAAGAAAUCGCUUGUUGACGGCAAACCGACAGCCUUUAGGGGGAAUCUUGGGCUGCGUCCAAAAUCACAUACUUCCACCCUAAUGAGUAUGCGAGAUUUUUUAGUGCGUCCGAAACAUUAGAACCUACUCAAUAGUAUGAGCUAUCCAUGCUCAUUCUGGAGAAAUGUAUUAGUGUGGAUUGAUGGACACUAGCUGAGCAGAAACUUCCCGCAAUGCAGCGGUGUUUGGUUGCUAAGUGCUGCGCAGAUACGUAUAUGUCAUAAGUCAUAAUUAAGUAUAAUAAUAUUAUAUAUUAAUAUAAUAUUCGUAUAUAAUAUUAUUAUAUAAUGUCAUCUUGUUUCGGCCAGAAUAAACAGGAAAUAGCGGAUCGGUGCUGCUGUGACACGUCCGAUCCAAAUUAAUGCACACUACUGAUAUUUACUCAAAAGUGUGCAGAACUUAGGUAUACUUUUUAGUAUAUACUUUUUAGUAUGGCAUUUCGGACACACCGUUCAUCUUUUUACAUGUUGUUUAUUUUUAUUUUUAUAAAGCCCUGCAUUUUCUCAUUAUGCGUUACGGAUUGUGUCUUCAGUUUUCACAUCAGUGUUUUUCUGUUCUUCAGGAACAGUCGUGAUAAUUACUGUUGGCACACUUUGAUUAUUUAACAUGAACACUGGGCCAUGAUCCUACAGACGUGUCAAGGCUCCAUGGAAAGUAGGUUUUUAGAGUAACAUUGAAAAGUAACAUUUAUAAUGGGAUCGAAAUGUGUAACCGAGUGUAGUUUGUUUCUAACUAUUCAUGAAUUGGUGGAAGAAAUUUCAGAAAGACUUUACAUUUUUUCUUUGCUAAAAAGAAAUAUGCAUCAAAUGAAGGUGCAUUAGGGGUUCUGGGACAAUUUUCCUUUUAUCCCAAGGAAGGACAAAGACACUACUGUAAUUAUUACCUGGGGGAAAAAAGAAGUCACAGGUGCGGUUGGAGAAAGUCGCAUAAGGAAUGGAUUAAAUCACUGAUACUUGAUUUCUAAAGCCAGCUGCUGUUUGGUAGUUACUAAGGAGUACGUUUAAGUGUUUUACAUUGAGAAGAAUACAUCUGCAAUAAUCUAUAAUUGAUAUUUAUAUCCUCAUAGGAACCUUGCACCUCUGAUUUUGAUAAAAAGAUCCUUCAAUGUGAAACCUCUCCAUGUUGAUGUACUGAAGUGCGACAGAUGCAUCUACCACCAGGUGGCAUAAAAGCCUGUGAUUAAAAGAACAGAAAAUUGUUUCCAAAUAUUUAUUCAUGGCAACAUUUUUCCUCAGUAACAUUUUGUUCCAUACAUACAUUUUAUACACAUUUUGUACAGUAAUCAAUAUUCAUUAAAGCAGAAUUUUACAUUGUGUACAUUAUAAACACCAAACCUGUACAAGGACAACUGUUUACAGUUGGAGAGAGAAGAGGCCUCUCCAGUUUCUACUUGGUUUGUAACACAAAAACCACAAAUACGAAAUCUGAUUCAAAUGAUGGAUCUUAAAACAAGACGGUUUAAGUUCAUGAUCGGGUAAAAAUCACGUCUAUGAAAAACUUUCAACCAAAACAAAACAACUUUCAAUCAAAAGGUGAGUGAAAGAGGAAUCAGCACACUAAAUUGGCACCUUAAAUAAACAAAGGCAAAAUCACGUUGUACAAGAGCCACUUGCAGUGUCUGUAAACAUUGUACAAAUCAGGAUUUAAUCUGCAAUAAUGAACAAACGAGACCUGAUACGUGUUCAACAGUCAAGAAGCUCUUUGUUAAAAGAAGCUUCAACAUUUUUCACUUCUCUGAAACUGGAGAUAAAUCUGUCCAUCAGAAAUGUAAGUCACUCACGCAGCUCAACACCCAGCACCAGCACACAUUUUAAUAAAUAAUAAAGCCCUGCUGUCUCAACACUGGGGAUCUGAUGUGACGUCGUUAUUACUUUAAUAAUGAUCACAUUAUUUUUCCAACGGAUGUUUCAGCUCUGCGGUGCCUCUGCUGAGAUUUAGGCACUUUGUCUUAACAAAAUAGUUUUGAAAAUGUAUUGCUCCAACACAGUUCAACGCUUAAGAAAAUAUAGAGUAAAUGUUCCAGUUUUACUCCUUAACAAACAUCCUAAUCUGUUUUUAAUGUAAAAAUCAAAAUGCAUAUAUAUGUUUUAAAUUAUAAAAUGUGCAACCCAUCUCAACUUUGCAUUUUUCAUCUGUGCAGUUUCAAUCAUCUCACUUGCCUUCUCUCAGAUCUACAGAUAUUUGGCGGGUAUCUUUUUUGUUUUUAA